AUGAUGUGGCCUCAGGAAUACGUAGAAUUGAAGCAUAUAGAAGAUUUAUUAGUCUGUGGGAUAUGCUAUGAAUUUAUGGAUACUUCUGUUAUAACAUCAUGUUCUCAUAAUUAUUGUUCCUUAUGUAUUAGGAAGUAUUUACAUUAUAAAACACAAUGUCCUGCUUGUUUCACUGAAACUUUUGAGAAGGAUUUAAGAAAAAAUAAAGUCUUAGAUGAAAUUAUAGCACAGUUUUCACAAAUUAAAGAUAAAUUAAAAAGGUGUUUACAAAUUCAGAUUCAAUUUGCACAAUGUGACAAAAUUGAUAAUGUUUCUAAUACACCAAAAUCAUUGCAUCAAAGUCAGAAUGCACAUGUAAAUAAAGAAGAAAAUAAAAUUAUUUGUAACACUUCUACUACUAAAAUUAAUUUAUCACCAUCUAUAAAUGUGCAAAAAGAUGUAUGUAGUCCUAGCACUAGUGGAAGACCCAAAAUACCAUUGAUGUUUACACCUAAAAGUUAUAAACGUCCAAUUGUAACAAGUGCAGAAGAUAGUAAGGUUGUUAUAUGUCCAGUAUGUAAAGUUACUGUUUCAGAAACACAUAUAAAUAGACAUCUUGAUGAUUGUCUAAAAAGGGAAUCAAUAAAAGAUAUACAGCAAGUAGUAAAGUCAGACCGUAAACCAUUACCAAAGUUAGUAUUUACUUUAAUGAAAGAGGUUGUGAUAAAAAAGAAAUUAAAAGAAUUUGGUUUAUCAUCACAUGGAGAUCGAAGAGCUAUGGAGGCUCGAUUGCAAAGAUAUAUUGUUCUUUAUAAUGCAGAAUGUGAUAAAUCAAAUCCAAGAUCAAUAUCAGAAUUAGUUAAACAAUGUGAAGAUGAAGAAAAUCUAGAAAAAAAAAUUAAUAGAACUACUUUUUUAAACAAAUUACAAAUUACCAGAAAUACAGAACAAUAUAUUAUAGAUGAUGAAAGAAAAAAGUAUUUGGAAACACACAAAGAUAGUUUCGAAAGUUUAAUUAAACAGAUCAAAAGUAUUGAUACUCCAAAAAAAUCGUCAGUAAGACGUAGUUUAUUGAAGGAAAACAUAGAAAAUAAUGAGGAUAUUCCACAUAAACGUCAAGCAGUGACUGAGAAUUCGGAUGAUUCACUGAUUGAUACAAAACACAGUGACUUUCAGUCUCUAAAUUCUGCGGUAUAUAUUCAAGAUUCUGAUUCAGAUACUUCCUGUCCACUGCAAAUGUAUUCUAGUACUGAUCCAAAGAAAUUUCUUAAUGCUGAAUUGUCUCCUAAUAAUAAUGAUUCACACAAUAAAUCUAAAAUAAAAUACGAGGAGCAUAAUGACAUAGAAGAAUUUAAUUCAUCUAAUUUACAUAUGAAAAUAAGUGAGACAGAGGAACAUGAUAGUUCAGAUGCAUUUAGUGAUACAUCCAUUUCUAGUAAACAAACACAAUCAAUAAUGGAAAACUCAUUUUAUAGAGACACACUAAAAGAAGAUUGUAAAAAUGUAUCUAAUACUUCAAAAUAUAAGAAAUUAUUACAGAAACAGAAAAACUUAUCUCUGAAAAAUGAAAUGAAAUGUGUGGAUGCUGUUAGUACCAGCAUGAAAGAUUUUGAUCCUAACAGUACUAUAAAUGAAGAGGAAGAAGAAGAUGAGAAAUCAAUGUCUGUUUUACAGGAUAUUUUAUGUGAUUUAUCAAGUAAUGAUAGUACUGAUAGUAAAUUGAAGUAUGGAAAAUUUUACGGAUUUGUAAAUGAUAGUGUAAACAAAUCUUCAAAUUUGGAAAAAGAAAAUGUAAGUUCCAGCCCCGAACGCAGUGGAAAUUAUUCUGUUCGAAAAAGAACUCAUGAUUCAAUGCAAAAUGACAAUAAAUUCAUAUCAAGUAUGAAAAAAAAAAUUAAAAAAUCAUCAUACUAUCAAAUUGAAACCAAAGAAUCAAGUAAAGGAGAAUCUUCAAGUACCUUAAACGAUAAAGAAAUGGAUUGUUUGCAAGGUGAACCACAAUUGAGAAAACGGUUACCCAAAAACGUAAAAGAAACAACUGUCGUAAGAAAAUCUACUAGAAUAAAGGUUAAAAAUAAUUAA